AUGGAGCAGGACACCAUGAGCAGCAGGCUAUGCAAAGUCUCCCAUGGUGAGUCUGGGGCCCAUCCUAGGGAUAACGAGAUGUUGAUGCCAGUGUCGCAUAUGCCUGGGUCUUCUGGAAACAGCGGAUUUCAUCAGCCACCAGCCCCUCAAUAUUUACCAGAGUUGAUGAGGCCCUAUAUGGCCUCAGCUGAGGAAUUCAGAUGCAGUGAGGGAGGGUGGGAGCCACAGUUCAUUAGGUCACUACCUGAGAGUGGUGCGAGGUGCCCCUCCCAGCUGACUCCUACACCUUCCCAGAAUUAUUGUCAGAGAUCGAUUGGGAGGGGAUCCCAUGUGAUGCCAGUCGGAAAUCCAGGUACCCUGGGAGUGGCCAUUUCCUUCAGUGAGAAUCUGAUGUCUCAGGGUGGCCUGCCAAGCCCAGCUUCCUGUGGAGUCUCAGUGAUGACCCACAGCAGUGCCCCAACAAUGCCUUAUUCUGUAUCCCCAACAGUACCUGCCACCACGGGCUCUUUAAAACCUGGAAUAUUUUUGGUCCCAGGCAUGCCUUCCGCUGAGCCCCAUGCUGUGACCCCUAUAUGAAUCAGAUGUUUUUCGGUAAAUCCUGAGAUGGUCUCAGCUAGGUUCCAGCAGUUGCUACCUAUAGACUCCCAAGAUUCACUUGUGACCCAGUCAAAUGUCCAGGAAGGACCUUUCAUGUGUGAGCAGCCCACACCUGCUCCACAGGAGAGAGAGACCUCCAGUACUUCAAGAGGGGCAACCAGGAGACGGUCCCUAGUUUUAAGGCCUUACGUCUGCUCAUAUGAUGACUGUGAAAAAGCUUACACCAAGCGCUCUCACCUCGUGAGUCACCUACGCAAACACACAGGUGAGAAGCCCUACAUAUGUGACUGGAAAGGUUGUAAAUGGAGGUUCUUCCGCUCUGAUGAGCUUGGACGACAUAAACGGAUCCAUACCAGAUACCGACCACAUAAAUGCGAUGAGUGUAACCGAGAGUUCAUGAGAUCUGACCAUCUCAGGCAGCACAAGAGAACUCACCUGCCCAAGUAA